AUGAAAGUUCGAAAGCCCGAGCCAGCUGAAAUCGAGUACAAAGGAAUGAAAUUCUUAAUCACCUACAGGCCCUCGGAUGCCACGAUGGAUAAAUUUGUUGAAGAGUUGAAGAAGCACGGUGUCAAGGAUGUUGUGAGGGUUUGCGAGCCUUCCUAUGCCACUGAUAAGUUAAUGAAGGAGGGAAUUACAGUUGUCGACAUGCCUUUUGAUGACGGUACCUCCCCUCCUGACCCAGUCAUCAAAGAGUGGUUUAGGCUCUUGAAGGAACGCUUUCAUGACAACCAAUGCACCUGCAUCGCUGUACACUGCAUCGCUGGGCUAGGAAGGGCGCCAGUACUUGUAGCUUUGGCCUUGAUUGAGCUUGGGAUGAAGUAUGAAGAUGCCGUUGCAUUGAUAAGAGAGUAUUAUCGUCGGGCAGUUAAUAAUCGCCUACUCUCUUUCAAUAGCUCAUAA